CCGGAAAUAAGCGGGCGCCCCGGAAGUUGAAGGGCGUGUUUUGCUAACUUGGCUUCCUCAACAUGGCGGCGCCCUUGUGUGUGGAGGUGCAGUUCGGAGGUGGUGCAGAGCUCCUGUUUGAUGGAGUAAAGAAACAUCAAAUCACCUUGCCUGGGCAAGAGGGACCCUGGGACGUCCGGAACCUCCUUGUCUGGAUCAAGAAGAACUUGCUGAAAGAGCGGCCAGAGCUGUUCAUCCAGGGAGAGAGUGUGCGGCCAGGAAUUCUGGUGCUGAUUAAUGAUGCCGACUGGGAACUGCUGGGGGAGCUGGACUACCAGCUGCAGGACCAGGACAGCAUCCUCUUCAUCUCCACACUGCACGGCGGCUGAGGGCUCCUCUGUGAGCCUAAGCACCUUUGCAAGGGGAGCACAGCACAACCACACCUCUCCUUGGACACUGCUUCCAGGUCCUCAGUCCCCCCUUGGCUGCCUCCUUCUCUGCUGUAUCCCUGAGCUCCCUCUAGGCAGGGAAAAGAGGCCAGGUGCUAAAAAUGAGCCUUUCUGGGCAAGGCACAUGAGCAGGGAGGGAGAGCAGACGCCCGAGCCCAGCACUCCCUCCAGCAGCUGAGGUGGGGGAGGGUGCUCCUGUGACAUGUCAGCAGUGGAGCGCUCAGUGCCCAGGUGACCCAGCUGCUUGCCACUCCUGUGUCUUGGUAUAUCUAAGCACCAAGUGACUGCCUGGAAGGUACUUCAAUUCCUGAGACAUCUUCAUGGGGAAGAUGGAUGAACUGGAGUAACUGAUGAGAAGCUCCUUCCUCUCUUUCCAAAGAUUAGACUGGCCUCCGCCUCAGUUUCCCCAUCUGGACACUGAGGACUCUGCUUGUCCCCCACUGAUGUCAUUAUGGAACCCCAGCUGGGGUCCCCUAUUCAGUGCUCACCUCCCUCCCCUCCACCCAGCAGCUGCUCUCCUAGCCACACCCCUCCUCCUGUGCCCCCCAUCCCCAGCCCUUGACCCUGGCUGGCCUCCCCCCCACAUAGGCAACCAGAUGGGCUCCUGAGACACUCUCCAGGCUGCCUACGACUCAUUCUGCUGAGGGUAGAGAAUGGAAGGAAGGAGCCUAACCUUAGACAGAGGGGGCAGGACCUCAGUGUGUAACUCCCAGCUCCCUGAGACAAGCAGGGUAGAUGGAGACCUGUGCUCCCUUUCCUCCAUCCCUUCUGGGAAUUUGGGGACCUCGUGCCUACAACAGCUGACUUUGGGCAAAUAAAAAGACUAGGUUGUUUACUA